UAAAAAAAAUUAAUUCAUCCCCUUACUACCAAUUAAGUUCACUAUUUAUAUCCACUUGCAUUUAGAUAUUACUACACAAAGACAUACUCAACAAGUGCAAAGAAAACUUUGUCUAGCAACAAAGAUGAAUUUGCAAGUUGAUUACGCUCUCACUGUGGCUGUUGUCAUACUCACAUUCACCAUUCUUUGGUCCAUUCAAAAGUUGGUCAAAUCAAGCAAGCGGAGGCCUUCUUUGCCUCCAGGGCCGUCGGGCUUGCCAAUCGUUGGUUAUUUGCCGUUUCUUCGCAAAGAUUUGCACCAUCAGUUCACAGAAUUGGCCUGUAAAUAUGGCCCAAUCUACAAGUUGUGGAUUGGGAACAAGCUCUGGACUGUGAUCAACUCACCGUCUCUAGUAAAAGAGGUGGUCCGUGAUCAUGACACGAUCUUUGCCAAUCGAGACAUCACCGUUGCAGCACGCAUUGGCUCUUAUGAUUUCAAUGACAUUGCCUGGUCUCCUUAUGGCUCUCAAUGGCGCAACCUGAGAAAACUAUUUGUACGAGAAAUGCUAAGCAACACUAACUUGGUGGCCUCCUACGAUCUUCGGAAAGAAGAGGUUAGAAAAGCUGUCAAAGAAAUUUAUUCUAAGAUUGGGACACCCAUCGACAUUUGUGAAUUGGCUUUCAAGAUCGAUCUCAAUGUUAUAAUAAACUUGAUCUGGGGGGGCAAGAUUCAGGGCGUGAGGCGGGAUCGAAUUCUUGCCGGCUUGUUACCCGUGAUCGCUGAGAUGCUAGAUUUGCUGUUGAAGCCUAACAUCUCUGAUUAUUUUCCAAUCUUAGCCAGAUUUGAUAUUCAAGGAGUUGAGAAGGAAAUGACUACUCUUCUGCACAGGGUUGAUGAGAUCACUGAAGAUACUAUCGACGAACGAAUGAAGAAUUCUUCUAAAAAAUCAGAGGCUGCAACAACUAAGAAUAAUGGUCGGACAGACUUUCUGCAAAUCCUUGUAGACCUCAUGCAGGAUGAAGAUAAUAAGGAAUCACUUGGAAAAGCACAAAUAAAAGCCAUGUUAAUUAAUAUUCUAGUUGGUGGGACGGACACUUCGUCAACGACAAUCGAGUGGGUCAUGGCUGAGCUAUUGUGCCAUCCGAAAGUGAUGGAAAAGGUGCAAAAUGAAUUAGACGAAGUUGUGGGAUUGAACAAUACAGUGGAAGAGUCCCAUAUCCCAAAAUUGGCGUACUUAGAUGCUGUCCUGAAGGAGACUUUACGCCUUCAUCCAAUUGGACCCUUCUUGACCCCAAGAACUCCAAGUCGGUCUUGCACUAUUGGAGGAUACACUAUCCCCAAGGAUUCUACCGUCUUUCUUAAUGUUUGGACUAUUCAAAGGAACCCUCUUGCUUGGGAAAAUCCAUUGGAAUUUAAGCCCGAGAGAUUCUUAGACAACACAAUAAAAUGGGAUUUUAGCGGCAACAAUUUCAACUAUAUCCCAUUUGGAUCUGGAAGAAGGGUCUGCGCUGGUCUACCUCUAGCUGAAAGGAUGGUUAGAUUUGUUUUGGCCUCACUCUUACACUCAUUUGAGUGGCAUCUACCAGAGGGGGAGAAGCUCGAUAUGUCCGAUAAGUUGAUGAUGGCAUUAAGAAAGAAAAUACCACUCCGUGCUGUACCUAUUCCCAGAUUAUCCAAUUUUGAUUUGUACAAGUAAUUUCAUGUUCUUGAUGAUUGUUGUAAGUUUAUAGAAUGAUCUACUACAUCUUGAAUAAAUGCUAAGAAUAAAAUACGAGGUUUUGAUGUA